UAGGUUGCUUUUCUUUGGAACUUCUAUGGCGAACAACAAUCAGUACCUUCUGAUAAUCUUCAUGUUAUUAGAUGUUUGCCUAAUCUGUGGCAACUCCUCAGCUGUUGGUGAAGAUGGAACCGGAAGAAAAUCACAGCAAAUGGUAAAUGUGGGCGUAAUUCUUGACCUGGGUACUCCGGUUGGAAAGACAGCUCAACGCUGCAUAUCAAUGGCACUCUCGGAAUUCUAUGCUAGAAAUGCCAACUAUCGAACAAAGCUGAAUCUUACCGUGAAGGAUUCUAGGAAUGAUGUUGUUUCUGCAGCAUCAGCAGCUUUAGAAUUGCUAAAUAAUGAAGAGGUGCAAGCUAUUAUAGGUCCCCAAACAUCAAACCAAGCUAAGUUUGUCACAAGUCUUGGAGAGAAAGCACAGAUCCCCAUUAUCUCGUUUUCAGCCACAAGCCCUUCUUUGUCUCCAACUAUGAACCGUUUCUUCAUCAGGACAGCUCUGGAUGACUCUUUUCAAGUAAAAGCCAUCACAUCCAUUGUUAAAGCAUAUGGGUGGCAUGAAGUUGUUCUUAUAUAUGAAGACACAGAAUAUGGAAAUGGUUUGAUUCCCUAUAUAAUUGAUGCCUUUCAACAAAUUGACACCAGGGUUCCUUACAGAAGUGUCAUUUCCCCAUCAUCCAGUCGCUUAAACAUUUUGAGAAAGCUUAACAAGUUAAUGGCAAUGGAGACGAGGGUAUUCUUGGUGCACAUGACUCCUUCACUUGGUUCUAAACUCUUUGUACUUGCAAAAGAUGCAGGCAUGAUGAGUGAAGGGUAUGCUUGGAUCAUAACUGAUGGAUUAUCAUCUGUGUUACAUCCACUGGAGGGAAAUGUCAUUGAUUCAAUGGAAGGUGUGGUGGGCGUAACGCCCUAUGUACCAAUGUCAACAGGUCUUGAUGACUUUGAGAUGAGAUGGAAACAAAGCACUAUUGGGACUACAAAGCAGACUCAUUCUAAGAUAAGCAUAUUUGGCUUAUGGGCUUAUGACACAGUUUGGGCAUUAGCUAAGGCUGUAGAACUCGUUGAGUUGCAGGCAAAUUAUUCCAGUGCUUUAAAGAACAAUAAUAAAGGGAAAAGCUCAGGUGGAAUAUUGAGCCAAAUUGGUGUGUCUAAAUCAGGUCCAAGGCUUCUCCAAACAUUGCUGAGGACCAGAUUUGAAGGCUUAAGUGGAAGAUUUAGAUUGAUUGAUCAACAAUUUCAACCUGCAGCCUUCAAAAUUUUCAAUGUGAUAGGUAAGAGGGAGAGAGUGAUUGGAUAUUGGACCCCCAACAAAGAAUCAUUUGAUGAUUUAGUUCAAUCUGGUAUGUUAACAAAUUACUCGAGUACUUCGAUUGCCAUAGAUGAUCAUCGUGAGUUUAUCAUUAAAGUACCUAUAUGGCCUGGAAACACCAGUACUCCACCAAAGGGUUGGGAUAUACCUGUAACUGGUAAAAAGUUGAGGAUUGGUGUACCUGUAACAUCUGACAGUUAUAAUGAAUUUAUGAAGAUAAAAUGGUUCCCUCACACCAAUGAGCCUAAGAGCUUCUCAGGGUUCUCGUAUGAUGUUUUCCUUGCAGCCUUAGAAAGAGUGCCAUUUGCACUUCCACACAAGUUCAUUCCAUUCACCAAUGUUUCAUCAAGAGAGGCUGCAGGGACUUAUGACGAUCUUCUUUACCAGAUUAAGUUGAAUGCGUACGGAUGGUGGUGAAAGUUAAAGAUGACCAAAGAAGGAAUAUGUGGAUUUUCCUAAAACCUCUUAGUUGGGAUCUUUGGUUGACAACUGGGGGUGCCUUCAUUUUUACAGCUGUUGUAGUAUGGGUCUUGGAACACAAUCAAAACACAGAGUUCAAGGGUUCACGACAGCAACAAGUUGGCACAACUCUAUGGUUUUCUUUUUCAACUCUUGUUUUUGCACACAAGGAGAGGGUGGUGAGCAAUUGGACAAGAUUUGUGCUGAUCAUAUGGAUUUUUGUGGUACUCAUCCUAACACAGAGUUACACUGCAAGCUUAGCGUCACUGCUAACUGUAGAAAGGUUGCAGCCUGCAGUUGUUGAUAUAAAUGAACUCAGACGUAAUGGUGAUUAUGUUGGAUACCAAACGAAUUCCUUUGUACGAGAGCUUUUAACAAGAGAAUUGAAGUUUGAGGAGAACAGGCUAAAGAAUUAUAGAGUUAUGGAGGAUUAUCAUAAAGCAUUGUCUCAAGGAAGCAAAAAUGGUGGUGUUGAUGCUAUUUUCGACGAAAUCCCCUACGUGAAGCUCUUCCUCGCCAAGUAUUCUGCUGGAUACACUAUGGUUGGACCAACCUACAAAACUGACGGAUUUGGCUUUGCCUUCCCACUAGGCUCCCCUCUUGUUGCUUACUUUUCGAGGGCAAUCUUGAAAGUGACUCAAGAUCAUGAGACAAUGGAACAACUGCAACGGAAGUAUUUCCCAGAUGAAUCCAAAUGUCAAGAUAAGAGUUCCACAUUCUCUUCAGAAAAUCCAAGUCUAAGCGUGUACAGCUUUGCAGGCCUGUUCCUCACCACAGCGGUCAUUUCAAUUUCUUCAUGCU